AUGAGCGAAAUAUCGUUAAAACGAGCACGGAGUGAGGUUUUUUCGCUUUUAUUUUAUUUAAUUUUAGACGAUUCGCGGGGAAAUCAAGCAGUGGAGACCAAAAAAAGACAAAGUAUGUUUGUCUAAUAUUUUCAUGGUUGCUGUCAAUAACGUCGAACCAUUCACGUAGUUUAGUUUAGAUGUUGCUGGAGAUAUCAUGAAAAGAUUGGGAUACGAAGAGGGGGGAGGACUAGGGCAGAAUGGAGAAGGAAGGCUGGAGACUGUGGAAGAUGCAAUUCAGGUCGGCAGGUUGGAAUUUGGCCACCAAUUAAAUAAGGUACACAGUUUACUUUCUUUUCAUACCGUUUAUUAUUCAGAAAAAAGUGGCCAGCUGGGAUCAGAGUGAAGAAAACAAAUCCAUCGAGGAGAGACCGGAGUAUCUCGAGGCGUCAGAAGAUGACCGUGAAUUCUUUUCAACAUCGUUUGACAUCAAUUGGAUUGUGAAGGGGAAGGUAUUGUGAUCUGUCUUUGAAAUUUUUUGUUGUUUAGCCAUUAAAAACAUUAUUAGAUGAAGAGGACUUUUGCGAUAAUCAAGUUAUUCGUGAUCUGUUAAAAGCAAAGUCCAUCUUCGAUUACAUGGAUAUCCGUGACAUCCAAAAUGCCAGACAGCGCGCUAAUCCUUAUGAAACUAUAAUGGGGGCCAUCUUUCAAAACAGGUUUGUAAUCAUCCUUACUCCGUACGUUGUUUUAUUUUUAGGGCAGCAAUGAAGAUGGCCAAUUUGGAUAGAGUUUUCGAUUGGAAAUUAAGUAGAGAAGAUAAUCCAGACAUUAGACGUCAGCAUAACCCUCUAUGUGGUUCUGAUUGUGAUUUUAAUCUACAACGGAACAAGGAUGUCUUUUACUUUGCUGAUAUUUGUGCUGGUCCUGGAGGUUUUAGUGAGUAUAUGAUGUGGCGCAAAGCCUUUUAUAACUCGAAAGGGAUUGGAUUUACUUUGAGAGGGAAGGAUGACUUCAAAUUAUACAACUUCAAAGCUUCAUCUCAAGCUUUCUUUGAGACUUACUAUGGAACUAACGGAGAUGGAGAUAUCUAUAAUCCAGAUAACAUAAAGUAAGGACUACUUUUCACAAUGGGAGACUCGUUAUAUUACAGAUCGUUGGAAGAUUAUGUGAGAAGGAGAACCGACGGCCGAAUGUGUGAUACUGUAAUGUCUGAUGGUGGAUUUUCUGUCGAAGGGAAAGAGGAGAUUCAGGAGAUCUUAUCCAAGAGGAUCUAUCUUUGCCAAUUCCUUGUCGGAUUGUCUCUCUGCAGAAUUCGGAAUUCAACAAAAAGUGGAGGAAACUUUAUUUGUAAAAUGUUUGAUGUGUUCACCACCUUCAGUGCAGGAUUACUGUACAUUAUGUACCUAGCAUUCGAGAAGGUAUCUAUUCACAAACCGAAUACAAGCCGUCCAGGAAAUUCAGAAAGGUUGGUCAUUUAGCGAUUUUUCUUGUGUGUUUUUUUUUGUUUCGCAUCUAGAUUUUCAGGUAUAUUUUCUGUGAGAAUCUGUCGGAGUUCGGUGCUACUGUUCUCAAAAACUACCUCAUUUACAUAAAUGGUGAACUGGAUAAGACCUCUGAGGGCGAAGAUAUCCUUGAAAUUAUCCCCCUAGAUGUCCUAAAACAUGAUGUGAAGUUUGUGAAUUACCUAAAGACCAGUAAUGAGAAAUGGGCCAGUAGACAGAUACUGUACCUCCAAAAGUAUGAGACGUAUGCCUUGAAUAAAAGCGUGUAUGAUGAGGACCAGCCCGAAUUGAGAGAGAAGUGUCUCCAAUACUGGGAGAUCCCCAACAAAAGCCGUCCUGUUAUCGAGAAUCAGCCACCGACUAUGGCUUUAAGGGUGAUGGUGCCUGAACAUGCGGUAGGGUCCAUUAGGAGGUGCUUAAAUGUUGCAGGAAUACUCUUUCGACUUUGCAACCUCACUUACUACUAGUGCAAUGUCAUCCUUCGAAUCCCUGGAAAGCCGGAUGCUUUGUUUGCUACCAGAGAAUAAUCCCCCUAUGUUACUUGUUUCGAAUGGAAAGGUGGGCUUUAAAACACUUUAUUACAUUACAUUACUAAAUCUUCAGGGAGAAUCGUUCCUCUUAGACAGCGAACAUUCAAAUAUAAAACAACAUGAACUCUUAUUACCUCCAAAGACCCUGCUACUGGUACAAAAGACUUCAAUUUACACUAUUGUAAGUAUUUCCAUCCAAACAAAGUUUAAGACAUUUCAGACUGACAAAGGGGCGCUCCUCCCAACUUCAGACUGGAGCAGUGUAAUGUAUGUAAUUGAUGCUGGAUGGCUGGCAGGCGAUGCCGUCUACGAAUGCAAUUUAUCGGAAAGAAGAAGAUGCAUCAAUAAGUUUUGCGAAUCCAUAAAUAAAUGUCCUGAGAGCUACCGGCAAAACUUUGAAUAUAGGUUGGAGAAAGUGUGGAGUAUCAAGAGGAAGGGAAAGGGAAAACCAGUGAUGAAUUGUCAAAUGAAUUCGUAUUACCUCAUCCCAUCGCCAACAUUAUCAUUAGAAGACGGUACAAAUCAACUUUCUGAUCUGAAGAUCGGAUUCCUCGAAACAAACAACCGAUGUGAGAAGAUGGCCGUUCUUCAAUUACCAGUGCCCAGGUCACUACUAGCAGAAAAUGAUGACAAAAAUCGAUACCUCUCUGUAAAAGCUGUCCGACUUUAUCAAACAAAAGGCUAGUUAGAUUUACAAAGCAUUAAUGUAAUGUUUUAGACGAACAACAAAACCCCUAUGGAUUCUUCGAUACUUAUAACAAGAAAUGUGUUUGGGAUUGGAUCUGGAAACCAGACUCGCGAGGAGAGAACGGGAUCUACCAAAUCCUUCAUGAGGAAGUAGACAACUUUCUCACUGUUCCUACUUUUAACAAACUCGUACAAAAAAUAAAGUAA